AUGGAGCACCGUCAAGACCAGCUACUCGCUGAGUCGGCAGCCGACGACGCUACCGACAACCAAAGUGUCGGCGAUGUCGUGCCGGACAAGCUGCUGGCGCCAAAGGUUUCGACCUACCGCCUGCCGCGCUUCAGCUCGCGCCGCCUCAGCUCCAACAGCUCGUUCGGAGACCACGAGGUGCUGCCACGCACCAAGAGCAUGUUCCCGGAGCCCCGCGAGCUCACCAAGAACGACCUGACCAGUGCCGACGCGUUGAUGGCCGACGACGUCUUCACCAUGAAUUCGACGCUGUCGUCGGUGAUCGAGAACGCGCUGGGCCACCCGAUCCCGGGCCUUGAGGUACGCUUCCGCAACCUCGAGCUGUCGGCCGAGGUGCCGCAGAUCAAGAGCGGCGAGCUCGAGGUGCCGACGCUGUGGACGCAAGUGCAGCAGGGUGUCGGCGGCCUCUUCGGCUCCAAGCAGUUCACGGUCGAGAAGAAGAUCCUGCGCGGAGUCACGGGCGCCUUCAAGCCGGGCCGCAUCACGCUGGUGCUGGGCCAGCCCGGAUCGGGCAAGUCCUCGCUCAUGAAGGUGCUGGCCAACCGCUUCCACAUGGACAAGAACAUCUCGCUCGGCGGUGACAUUGAGUAUAACGGCAAGGAGCGGUCCUUGAUGCUGGACAUGCUCCCGCGCGACGUGGCCUACGUGAACCAGAUCGACGAGCACUAUCCGCGCAUGACGGUGCAGGAGACGUUCGAGUUCGCGCACCGCUGCUGCUCGGGUAAAGACCUCGAGCCGUGGGCCGUUGAGGCCCUGAAGAACUGUUCGCCGGAGCACCACGACCUCGCGUUGAAGCUCGUGACGGCGCACCACAAGUUCGCGCCCGAUCUGAUGGUCAAGAAGCUCGGCCUGGACAACUGCAAGGACACGGUCGUGGGCAACGCCAUGCUCCGAGGCGUGUCUGGAGGCGAACGCAAGCGCGUCACGACUGGUGAGAUGCUCGUCGGCAGGAAGCGACUGCAGUUGUUGGACGAGAUCAGCACGGGCCUUGAUAGUGCGGCCACGUACGACAUCUGCAAGUCGCUCAAAAGCGCGACCCGCAACUUCAACGCGACUGUGGUGAUUUCCCUUCUGCAGCCGUCGCCUGAGGUGUUCGAGCUGUUCGACGACGUGCUGCUCAUGAACGAGGGCAGCAUCAUGUUCCACGGCAAGCGCGAGGACGCCGUGCCCUACUUCGAGCAAAUGGGCUUCCACUGCCCGCCCCGCAAGGACGUGGCCGACUUCCUGCUGGAUCUGGGCACCAACAAGCAGGGCGCCUAUGUCGUGGGCUCCAACGUGCCGUACCAGUCGGCUGAGUUCGCCGACCGCUUCCGCGAGUCGACUAUUUUCCAGAAGACACUGAGGCGCCUCGAUUCUCCGGUCAAGGAGCCGCUGAUCGUCCCCGACGUCAAGCCGUUCCGCUUGUCCUUCUUUGAGGACAUGACCAUCCUGCUGCGUCGUCAGUUGAUGCUGACGUCGCGUGACACGACGUACCUCAUGGGUCGCGCGGUCAUGAACAUCGUCAUGGGUCUGCUCUACGGCUCUACGUUCUGGCAGAUGGACGAUUCCAACAGCCAGCUCAUCCUGGGUCUGCUCUUCUCCUGCGCCAUGUUCCUGUCGUUGAGUCAGGCCUCUCAAGUGCCGACGUUCAUCGAGGCCCGGUUGGUGUUCUACAAGCAGCGCGGCGCCAACUUCUUCCGCUCGAGCGCGUACGUGCUGGCCAUGUCGCUCUCGCAGAUCCCCAUGGCCGUAGUGGAGACCGUCGUGUUCGGAGCCAUCACCUACUGGAUGGGAGGCUACGUGGCCCUCGCGGACCGCUUCAUCGUGUUCCUCGUCACGCUCUUCCUGUGCCAAAUGUGGUUCACCAGCUACUUCUUCUUCCUGAGUUCGGUCUCGCCCAACCUGACGGUCGCGCAGCCCGUCAUGAUGGUAUCGGUGCUGUUCUUCAUGCUGUUCGGAGGCUUCUUGAUCACGAAGGACAACAUCCCGGACUAUUUGAUAUGGAUCUAUUGGCUGGAUCCGCUCGCGUGGUGCAUCCGCGCGCUCAGCAUCAACCAGUACCUGGCCCCCAAGUUCGACGUCUGCGUCUACGGAGGUAUCGACUACUGCUCGACGUACAGUGAGACCAUCGGCGAGUACAGCCUCGGCGUGUUCAGCCUGCCGACCGAGUCGAUGUGGAUCUGGUACGGCUGGAUCUUCCUGUUCGCCGGCUACUUCGUGUUCGUCUUCGUCUCGUACCUCGUGCUGGAGUACAAGCGCUACGAGAGCCCGGAAAAUGUCGCUGUGGUGGAGGACGACGAAGCUAGCGCCGACCAGACCGCGUACUCGAAGAUGCCGGCCACUCCGAAGGGGGUGCACGACCAUGAAAAGGUCAUCGAGAUCCAGGACGCCGACGAUGUCAUGGGUGGGGUCCCAACCAUCAGCGUCCCCGUCGAGCCUACCGGGCGCGGCAUCUCUCUCCCCAUUACGUUGGCCUUUGAGAACCUCUGGUACUCCGUGCCGAUGCCUGGAGGCAAGAAGGAUGAGGAGAUCGACCUGCUCAAGGGCGUGUCUGGAUUCGCCCUUCCCGGAACGAUGACCGCGCUCAUGGGCUCCUCCGGCGCUGGCAAGUCCACGCUCAUGGACGUCAUCGCUGGACGCAAGACCGGCGGCAAGAUCCAAGGGAAGAUUCUGCUUAACGGCCACCCGGCCAACGACCUGGCCAUCCGCCGAUGCACGGGCUACUGCGAGCAGAUGGACAUCCACUCGGACUCGGCCACGGUGCGCGAGGCGCUCAUCUUCUCGGCCAUGCUGCGCCAGGACGCCAACAUCUCGACGGCGCAGAAGAUGGAGUCCGUCGAGGAGUGCAUCGAGCUGCUGGAGCUCGGCCCCAUCGCCGACAAGAUCAUCCGUGGCUCGUCCACGGAGCAAAUGAAGCGCGUGACCAUCGGCGUGGAGCUGGCGGCGCAGCCCAGCAUCAUCUUCAUGGACGAACCGACGAGUGGCCUGGACGCGCGCUCGGCCAAGCUCAUCAUGAACGGCGUGCGCAAGAUCGCCGACUCGGGCCGCACCAUCGUGUGCACGAUCCACCAGCCGAGCACGGAGGUGUUCAACCUGUUCGAUUCGCUGUUGCUGCUGCGUCGCGGCGGUCGCAUGGUGUUCUUCGGCGAGCUGGGCGAGGACUCGAAGAACCUGAUCAGCUACUUCGAGGCCUUCCCUGGCGUGAACCCGAUCAAGCCCGGAUACAACCCGGCCACGUGGAUGCUCGAGUGCAUUGGUGCUGGUGUUGGAGGUGGCAAGGCUGCUGCGAACGCGGACCCGUCGCAGCCGACGGACUUCGCUGAGCGCUUCAUCGUCAGUGACCAGAAGGUGCUGAUGGAGGAGGAUCUGGACCAAGAAGGAGUGCUGCACCCUUCGUCGCACCUGCCGGAGCUCAAGUUCGAGACAAAGCGCGCCUCCAACCCGCGCGUGCAGUUCCAGCUUCUGUGUCUGCGCUUCUUCCGCAUGUACUGGCGCACGCCGACGUACAACCUCACGCGCUUGUUCAUCAGUGUGCUGCUGGGUUGCGUGUUCGGUGUCAUCUACCAGGGCACCGACUACUCGACGUACACUGGCGCCAACUCGGGCGUGGGUCUCAUCUUCGUCAGCACCAUUUUCCUCGGUCUCAUCAGCUUCAACAGCGUCAUGCCCGUGGCCGCCGACGAGCGCGCCGCUUUCUAUCGGGAGCGUGCAAGUGAGACUUAUAAUGCGCUCUGGUACUUCGUUGCCGGCACGCUGGUGGAGAUCCCGUACAUCUUCUUCUCGAGUCUGCUGUUCACCAUCAUCUUCUACCCGAGCGUGGGCUUCACGGGCUAUAUCACCUUCUUCUACUACUGGCUGGUGGUGGCCAUGAACGCGCUGCUGUUCGUGUACUUCGGCCAGCUCAUGGUGUUCGCCCUCCCCAGUGUCGCCGUUGCGUCCACCCUCGGAGCUCUUUUCAGCGGCAUUUUCAUGCUGUUCGCCGGCUUCAACCCACCCGCGGGUAGUAUCCCCACGGGCUACAUGUGGGUCCACUGGAUCUCGCCGCCGACGUACACUAUCGCCAUGUUGGUGUCGUUGGUCUUUGCCGACUGCUCCGAGGGCAGCACGGACGGUAUCAGCUGCAAGACGCUGCAGAACGCGCCGCCCACGAUCAGGGACAUGACGUUGAAGGAAUACGUCGAGGAGACGUUCGACAUGAAGCACAGCGAUAUCUGGAGGAACGCCGUGAUCCUGCUCAUCCUCAUCGUCGUCUUCCGUAUCCUGGCGCUCGUGUCGCUGCGCUACAUCAACCACCUCAAGCGCUAG